UCAAAAACAAAAUAAAAAAAAUAAAAUAGUUGUUAUACAAUUCAAAGUAUAUAAACUAAUCGAUAUAACACAAAGUUCAAAGACUAAAUUGUCUAUAUAUAUAUAUAUAUAUAUAUAUGUAUGUAUGUAUAGAGUUCUAUAAGUAGAUAACGAACUAAGGGGAAAAAAAAAAGGAAAAUGGGAAGAAAGAAAAAGAGGGGUUUUUUUUAGGGGUAGUAGAAAGUCGGACCACAGAAUUGAGGGGGUGGCCUGCAGGGUCCAAAUAACUAAAUUCCUCUAAACUCCCGCUCUCUCUCGCCUCUCCUCUCCUUCACAACGACCAUUUCAAAUCCCACCACAAAAAGUCAAAUAACACAAAAAAAACUCAAAUAAAAAACAAUAACACACUUAACAAAAUCAAAUUUUCCCCUUAUCAUGGAUCUUUUUCUUCACAAUUCCCAUCUCUUUUCUUGAAACUCUCCUCCUUUUUCGUUCUUCCAAUUCCCACUUUCAAUUACAAUGGAGAACAACCAACCUGAGAAUCAACACCCUCUUCACAAAACCACUAGCUUCACCACCACCACCACCAACAACAACGAUGAUGCCAAUCCCAUUGUUCCUCUUCCUCAUCCCCACCCUGCUGUUCUACAAACCGACGCUGGUGUAAAAUCUGCUGAAAAAUUGGAAGAUCAGGAUCAGGACCAGAAUCAGGAUCAGGAGGAGAAGGAGAAGAAGGCCAAGCAAGAGGAGAAGGAAGAGAAGAAGGAUGAGGAGGGAGAAGAAAAGAAGGAGGGGGACGAAAAGACGGAGGAGGAAGAAACCCAGGACGAACCGGAUCUUCAUUACAAUCUGCAUUCCAUUCUUGAAGAUGUUGAUCAAUUUCUGUCAACUCCUCACGCUUCUCCUGAUCGAGAGGAAGAUUCUGCUGUUGAAAUUCCGAAGUUCAUCGACAAAUUCUUGGAUCUCGUGGAUGCAAAGAUUGAGCAAUACAAUAACGAAGAAUCAAAUGCGAAGGAGAAAGAGUAUAGAGUGCCGGAGGACGAGUCCACGUUUCUCGAAGCGGUUGAUCGGAUAUCCAAGCUGAAAACUGCAAUUCACGAAAUGAAAUUGGAAGAGGAGAAGACUGCAUUGAUCAAUCGCAUCGGGAGCACUCAACAGCAAGCGAUUACUUACUUGGAAGAAGAGUUCAGAUUCUUUCUUGAGGAAUCUAGAAAUGGCGAUGCCGAUCCUGCUGCCGAUACGAAAGGGAAACAAGAACAGGAUCGUUGUGCAUUAUCGGACGCUGAAUCCGAUCAGUUCCAGUUUCCAGGUUACUCCGAGGAGAUCGUUAGCUAUUUGAACAAAAUCGCUAAACAAAUGAUUUCAGGUGGAUACGAAUCGGAAUGUUGCCAAGUCUACAUGGUUGCGAGAAGAAACAUAUUCGAAGAAGCCUUACUGAAGCUUGGAUUCGAGAAACACAGCAUCGAUGAUAUCCAGAAGAUGAACUGGGAAUCAAUGGAGAGGGAGAUCGCUACAUGGAUUAAAACCUUCAAGCAAUGCGCCACCAUUUUAUUCUCCGGCGAACGGAAUCUCGCCGAAUCUGUAUUUUCAGCGUAUCCUCCGAUUUCCGCCAGUCUGUUUAGCAAUCUCACUCGCGGCAUUGUGAUUCAACUCCUAAAUUUCUCAGAAGGUGUCGCAAUGACAAAACGCUCCGCCGAGAAAUUGUUCAAGCUUCUUGAUAUGUACGAAACUCUUCGCGAUAUGGUCCCAAAAAUGGAGACCUUAUUUCCAGAAGAGUCCGCCAACGAGAUCAAAACAGAAACCACAACCGCUCGAACUCGUCUAGGCGAAGCAGCGAUUUGCAUAUUUUGCGAUCUCGAAAACUCAAUCAAAGCAGACACCGGAAAAACUCCGGUACCAGGCGGCGCCGUUCAUCCAUUAACACGAUACACCAUAAACUACUUGAAAUACGCUUGUGAGUACAGGAACACACUGGAACAGAUUUUCAAAGAACACUCAAAGAUCGAACGAGCCGAUUCAACAAGUCGACCACACUUCGAAGGCGAACAAGCACCAAAUUACAACCCUAGCGCUGACAAUCAAUCACUAUUCUCGGUGGAACUGACGCGAGUAAUGGAACUCCUGGACUCAAAUCUGGAAGCAAAAUCAAAGCUAUACAGAGACAUAGCACUGAGUUCAAUUUUCAUGAUGAACAACGGACGAUACAUCUUACAAAAGAUCAAAGGAUCUGCAGAUAUCCAUGAACUAGUAGGCGAUACGUGGUACAGGAAGAGAUCUUCAGAUCUACGUCAGUACCACAAGAAUUACCAGAGAGAAACGUGGGGGAGAUUGUUAGGUUGUUUGAACCACGAAGGAUUGACGGUGCACGGGAAAGUGGUAAAGCCAGUGCUGAAAGAGAGGUUUAAAGGAUUCAACGCGCUGUUCGAAGAGAUUCACAAAACACAAAGCUCGUGGAUCAUAAGCGACGAGCAACUUCAAUCGGAGCUCCGAGUAUCGAUAUCGGCGGUGAUGAUUCCGGCGUACAGAUCAUUUUUAGCUAGGUUUUCGCAGUACUUGGAUCCAGGGAGACAAACAGAGAAAUACAUAAAGUUUCAGCCUGAAGAUAUAGAAACUUACAUAGAUGAUCUAUUUGAUGGAAAUCCAAGCUCCAUGGCAAGAAGGAGAACAUAAAAGCUGGAAGCUCUUGCAACCAAUUUGAAAAAAGGCAAGACUCCACUCCAUCUCUCUUCUUCUUCAUCAUCAUCAUCAUCAUCUUCUUCUUCUUCUUGUUCUAUAUGUUGUUUUUUGGGAAGCCCACUGUGUGCUGAGGCUAAUUUUGUCAUUUCAGCUUAUUGCAAUUCAUCAAUUGCAAUUGCAGUUGCAAAUUCUCUUGUUCCUUGGCUUCAACUUGCUGAAUUGCUGCUGGGCUGCUCCAUUCCUUUUUUCUUUUUAUAUUAUGUUACAUUUUUUUUUUCCUCUCUCUCUCUCUCAUUUUUUCAAAUGAUUGUUUGUAAUUGUCACAAAUUAACAA